AUGGCGUCGACGUGGGCGCCCGCUCGGAGUUCACUAGAGCAGAUGCUGGAUUCCAUCCGCCAGAGGGACGAGCAGCCCAAGGACGCGCCGCCGGCUCUGCCGACCCGUCCAGUGAAGCGGGGUCGCUUGCCCACGGCGAGGAGGUCUCUACCAGUCGAUUUUAAAGUCUCCUGCAAUGUGCCGACGUACCUACCGGGGGAUGAGCCAGAGGAGGCGGAGGCGGAAGUGGAGCGACCUCGAGGACAGGGGAAGGAGGUGGGAUUCAGGAGCGGGAUAUUUGGAAGCAGAAGGAGGCGGCUGUCGACGGCGGAGGAACCAGGAGAGUCUCCCUAUGCGCCGGAGUUGGGGAGUAGCGGGGGAAACAUGGCAGAAGGAAGUGAGUCGGAUGCUCCUACUGCUUCUGCUACUCCUGUUGCGUCCCCACCAGCUACUUUGGAUCAGUCUAGGUCAAAUGGCAGCACCAUCGGUUCUGCUUUGAAAGAGGUAAAAUUUUCACUUUCCUUUUUUAUUUUUUAUUUUAAAUGGGAGGUUAGUUUUUGUUCCCUCUGCUUACGGAUAUUUAAUUAUGUCUUCUGAUGUGAAGAAGUUAUGAUUUUUUUCUGUGCAUGAUUGUUCUUAUUUGCUCAAUUUCAAUGCUCGAUUUAUUGAAUGAUGAAACCGUUUCCAUAAAGAUGCCAGGAUCGUGCCUUUGUUCUAUACCGGAUCAUUAACAAUGUCUUCCUUUUUACUUAUUUCUUAUGGGUCCGUUGAAUUGAUGGUUUCUCUGCCCAAUUGCCGAAUAAUAUCAUCAGUUGAAUUGGAGAAGGGAAUAUGAACACUGAGGAAUUAUUUUCCAAGUUCGUCAAAGGUGAGGGGGGCUCAAAGACUUUUUUUAUUUUAUGCGAUGAUGGUGGGGGUGGUUUAGAGAUCAAGUGCCAAUGUCGUGCCACUUCGCUGCCAGUAGUGCCAAAUAGUGAUCCGAUGAUAACGUAGUGCUCUCUAUUAACAGGAAUCGAUAUUUUUUAUUUUUUUGUGUGACUGAUGAUACUGUGCUGGUAAUCGUCUAGAAGUGGAAAGUACAAGUGAUGGAGGCAAUAUUUGGUGCCUGAUUGGAAAGCAGAACCAGAUUCGGGGUUGUGACAGCUUCAAACGCUUUGAACUGUCAAAGUUGAGCAGAAAAGAUUUAUUAUAAAAUUAUGAUUAUUUUCGGUCGAAGCAGGCUCCUAAUUUCUUAACUAUAAAAUUUUGAUGGGGAAACAAUCGUAAGUUUGUUCGUGGGAGAAGUGUGGAAGAAAUGUAAUGUUUGAGAGCGUCUGUUGAAGGUUCAGAUUAAGGUAAAUGGGAAACGCUUUGUGUGCGUUGCUAAUUGGGCCCCUUUUUUGCUCAAGAAAUUCUUUCAGAAUUCUUUGCUAGUCAUAUUUUCUUUCACAAGAGGUUGGCUAAAGAAUUAAAUUCAUUCCCUGACAAUUCAUCAUUGUAACAUGAAAAAUAGAUGCUUGAUAUGGGCUGGAGAGAUGCUUUGAUUUUUAUAAAUGGCAACUCCUGCUAGAAUGUUCAAGACAUGCUGCCCUUAUUUCCUAGGUAUUCAUUGCGAUUAUCUGUCCAUCUUAUAUUUUAGUUUAUUGUUCUUCUGUUGUAAUCUCAUCAUUUUCGGGAUUCUUCUCUUUUCUUUUCUGCUUUGUGCGAUGAUUGCUACACUUUGAUGCUUAAAAGUGCUGAUAUCUUAUUAAAAAAUGACGACAGAUGUGCUAGCUAGCAUACAUUUCAGUUCAGUGUAAUUCCUUCUUUCUAUAAUGCUUGGGUGUACUUUACAGGAACUGUGUGUCUGGUAUCGUCUUCCAAAUGCCAAUUGGGAGCGAGGACAGGUUAAAUCAUUCUCAGCCGAAGAUGCACAUAUUUCUCUAUCAGACGGCAGGGUAGGCUUGUUCUACAUUAAAACCUCAUGUGCCGCCAUUAUUAGAAGCUUAGGAUAGUACGAAAUUUAAGUGCCUUACCUGUUAUUGUGCCCAGGUUUCAGCAGUACCAACGGAAAACAUUUUACCUGCAAAUCCACAUCUUCUUGAUGGGGUGGAUGAUUUAUUGCAGCUCAGUUAUCUCAAUGAGCCAUCCGUUCUUCACAACCUUCGAUGCAGAUAUUCCUCUGAUAAAAUUUACGUAUGCAUUUGGAAUUAAAUUGUCGCAUAGUCUUUAGUUUCUCUUCAGUUUGCUAAGUCACUAUUGACUUUCUCCAUUUUCCUGUCUGUAGACCAAAGCUGGGCCAGUUUUGGUUGCAGUAAAUCCCUUCAAGGAGGUUUCUCUUUAUGGUAAUGAUAUUCUUUCAGCUUAUCGGCAGAAAACCACUGAUAGCCCCCAUGUCUAUGCAGUAGCAGACAAUGCCUACAACGAAAUGAUGAGAGGUAAAAGUAUUCAUAUACUUGGGAUACAAAUAUUUUCGAGUUAUGAUCACGUAGUGUGUGCAGAUUAUUCAUUUCUUGUACAUUUACAUCACAUGAUCUCUUUAUAUGAUGCACAUGGUGGAUCUAUUUCCCCAAAUGGUAUUCACAUCACCCCUCUCUGUAUUUUGCAGACGAAAUUAAUCAAUCUAUUAUCAUAAGGUAAAUUAAAUCUUCAAUUAUUGGUGAAGUGAUAUUCUUAUUUAUUUUUCAGUUGAAGUGCAACUCUGAAAUUUGUUUCUCAGUAACCCAUUCUGUUUUGUUGCUGGCCUCUGUCUUCUACACAGUGGUGAAAGUGGAGCAGGAAAAACUGAAACAGCAAAAAUCGCCAUGCAAUACUUGGCUGCACUUGGGGGCGGAAAUGGUAUAGAGUAUGAAGUUUUGCAGGCAAAUUUUAUAUUGGAAGCAUUUGGAAAUGCAAAAACAUCCAGAAAUCACAACUCUAGCAGAUUUGUGAGUCUGAAUUUUUUUUCCUUUGAGUCACAUUUGUGAGCAUCCAGAAAUGCCUGCUUACAUCUUAUUUUCUCUUUGUGGCGGCCUUACCCUUCCUUUUGGAAAUCUUACACAAAUAUCUUAGAUUUAUUUUAUUAUAUUACAUUUAAUGCAGGGAAAACUAAUUGAAAUCCAUUUUAGCUCUUCUGGAAAGAUAUGCGGCGCUAAGAUUCAAACCUGUAAGCACAUUUUAAUGCUUUUUAUAUUCACAGAUCUUUGAUUGUUAAUCUUUUAUAGAGAAGCUGAUUUGCUUUUUAUGUGGUGUCUUAUUGUCAAAAUUCAUAUGCUGAGCAGUUUUACUUGAGAAGGUACUCUUAUUUCAUAAGAUACUAUUUCCAUGAUUUGUUUUUGAUUGAUCUUGACAAUUCUUGUGCUGUGUUUGCAUAGUCGAGAGUUGUCCAACGUGCAAUGAAUGAAAGAUCUUAUCACAUCUUUUACCAACUCUGUGCAGGAGCCCCUCCGUUUCUUAAAGGUUGGUCUGUGUGGUUUUUCUUUUUCAUGUUUUUUUUCUCUUGUUGCCGAACCAUCUGGUCGUAGCUGAAUGUUUUAUGUAUUGUUUUGGAUUUGUGACUUUGCUGCGUUUAUUGGAUCUACGAGAAAUUAGUGCAUAUAUAGGAUCCACACCUAAUCUCAUAUGGAAAAACGUAUGAUCACAUACUGCAGCACAAAUUCCCUAAAGACCUGGGGGGCUGCCAUAUGCAGAUUCUGUGUUGUACAUGAUGGUACACAUCUGCCCAGUAGACACUUUUUUUUUUGGCAGCCAAGCAGCCAGCAAGUCUUCCACCUAAAAUUUUAUUGCCAUUGAUAUAUAUAUAUAUAUACACACACACACUCACACACACGUGUGUGUGUACGUAAAUUCAGACGCGCAUAUCUAUAUAGCAAUGUAUAUAUAUACAUGGCGCCAUAUUUUUUUAAGUGCUUUAUCGGUGAAUAUGGUGUUGUCAUUCAAGUUCUCCCCUUAUCUUUGAUUUCAGAGCCUCAGAACAAGUAAAUAUGGUCUUUCUCAGUGUUUCAAUGUGUGCAUUCUGAAUCUUGACGUCAGGUAUAUUGUCAUUAUGGUGUAACUGUGACGUCAGUGUUUCUCAGUGUCUGCUCAUAAAUAACAACAUUGUAUCGAUUCAUAAUUGGAAAAUUGUAUUCCCGAGUGCUUUUAACGUCUAAUACAUGGAUAUUAUGUGUUGGUGAAAUAUGUGUUGUCGUUAAGAUUUAAGAUGGUAUAUGAUUAUGAGAUAUUUUACAAUAUGUGGUUAUUCUCAGAACGGCUUAACUUGAAAGCAGCGAAUGAGUACGAGUAUCUGAAGCAAAGCCUCUGUUUGACCAUAGAUGAUGUCAAUGAUGCAAAAAGGUUUCACUUGCUGCUGGUAUUGUCUAACCACAUUUUGCCACACUGACGAGCAUGAUUUGCGGGCCAUCUUUCUGGACUUUCUUUGUGCCUACAUUCAGCAUGUUGCCACUUAACUUUCCUUCUUUUCCUCCUCCUUAGGAAGCUCUAGAUGUUGUUCAAAUUCCAAAGGAAGAUCAAGAAAAAGUGUUUGCAAUGCUCGCUGCGGUACUGUGGCUUGGGAACGUUUCCUUUUCAGUGGUUGACAACGAAAACCAUGUAGAAGUUGAGCCAAAUGAAGGUACUAAGGGAUUCCGUGUUAUACACCUCUUUUUGUAUGAAAGCUUGCUGCUUUUCAUUUUAAUGAAUGACGUUUUCCUGAGGGUUUCCAUGAACAUCUUCAUACUGAUGCGUAACUAGUGUGCAUGUUGGACUCGUCAAUUCGUCAUGUAAAUUUGUUCAUGAUUAUGGGCUCCUGAUAGUUUGUCUUUUUUGUGUUGACAUGAAGGAUGUUGGGGUUUUCCCCCUUUAAUGCGUUUUAUGAAUAAACUAGAAUACUUAGCUGUCCAUUGUAAUGAAAAAUUAAUUUCAUAUUGUGCUGGAUUCCCUUUUUCUACUAAUUCAUGACAUAAAGUAGGAAAGUCCGAUUAUCUUCAUUGAUUGCCUUUUAUCCUCUGGGUUUUCACCUGGUUUCUUAAAAAAUUCUCCCGUAGACGAUAAGGUCUCAUAUUUUAAAAUGGAAGACUACUGAAGAAGGAAGAGAGCAUGGACAUUUUUCUUGGUGGUUUACAAAGGGAUCAUUGCACAGAUAUGGCUAUUUCAUUGCCUGAUAGUUCAUGUUUUUUUUCCUGAACGGAAUAAUUUGUUGAUGUCUGUCAAUUUUUGAAUUGCCUAAACACUGGCUUUAUAGUUUUGUUGAUCUUUUUGUUCUGUCUGGAACUCGGUGUAGCUGGCAUCAACUCAGCUUCUUUAUUUAUGUCUCUUCUGACCUUUGUGUAUUUUAUUUUUCAAUUUGAUUCAGAUUUUAUGUACUUCCCAAAUUAUUUGAUGCAAUAUGAUUGCCUACUCAACAGUAUUUUUAAAUAAAAAGUUCUUGCCUUUUAAUUUUAUUAUUAAUUAUUAAAUCAUUCGGUAUGGCUUUCUCUCUAAUAGAUUUAUUACCUUGGCAAAUUGAUCGAGGAUUUUCUUGCUAAACAAGCAACAUAAUUUAAAUUAUGACAUUAGUAGCACGGACAACUCUAUAAUGAGGAAUACAAUUAAUAAAAAUUAUGGGUUCUUGUGACUGUAAAGAAAUUGACUCUUCCAGAAACCAGUAACGCAUAACAGCAUAAAUAACUUGGAGAAGUUCCUUUCAUUCUUCUCUCGCCUGGAGUGAAAAAUGUAAAUGGAUUAUUAAAUGAUGGAAAAAAUCUCAUUUUGCUUAGGUUUUAAAAGACUUUUGAUUUUGGUGAUAAAAUGAGACGUUAAUGCAUUAUUGUGGCUGUAAUUUGACCACAGGUUUAAGUAAUUCAGCUAAAUUACUGGGCUGCAGUGUUCAGAACUUGAUACUGGCUGUAUCAACUUGCAGGAUUCGAGCUGGGAAAGACACUAUUAUCCGAAAGAUGACCUUAGCGCAGGUAUUAAACAACCAAACAGCCUCUGUUUAUUAAUCUAUUGACUGCUCGUCUUUAACAGUCCAUUUUGGUCUUUCUGAUUGAUGAUUGUUGUCAUGCAGGCUAUUGACGCUAGGGAUGCAUUGGCUAAAUCAAUAUACGUUAGCUUGUUUGAGUGGCUCAUUGAACAAAUCAAUAAGUCUCUUGAAGUAGGCAAAUCGCAUACGGGCAGAUCUAUUAGUAUUCUUGACAUUUAUGGGUUUGAAUCAUUCUAUGUCAGUAUUAAUGGCACUAAUAUGCGAUGAAAACUACCUUUCUACCUGAAUAUUGUCUUUAUAUACUGUUGCUCAAUUCUUUUUCAGAAAAAUAGCUUUGAACAGUUUUGCAUAAACUAUGCUAAUGAAAGACUUCAACAACACUUCAAUCGACAUCUGUUCAAGCUUGAGCAGGAGGUAAAAGUCCUCACAUAAUUGUGCUCUCAAGGCUGACUGUUGGAGAAAUAAAAUAUCCUCAUAGGUUGUUGGAUGUGUUUGAUAUCUUGUUUUAAACAAGACUCGGUAUCUUUUUUCAGAAACCUUUCUGAAUCACCUUCCUUCAUUCAAUAACUAGAAAAAUGAAAACGUUCAGCUCUACAUCAUUGAAGUUCUUGCUUACAUUCUCCAAAUUUCUAAGAAUGUGAUUGAGGUGAAUAUCAGUCUCGGAAUCGAUCCAUAUCCAAUCUUUGUCAAUGCUGAAUAUGCUUCAUUUCAAUCUUGGUUCUGGUUGCUUUUAGUUUUUUUAUCAAAGUUAACGAAAAUUGUUGGAGUGUCGUUGGAUGUACAACAUUCUAAUGACACAGUUGAUUUCAGAAACAUAUGAAGCUUACCAGGAUGCUCGGGGAUUCACAUUGGUCCUACCCUGAUUUCUUAACCUGAAUUGAUAGUCCAGUUUAUCCAAAGCAGCUUCAACGUAGUCUGGUAUAUGCAUAGUUCACAUGUUGGACAGAAUGCGAGAAAGUUGUAUGCCUUAGAUGGUAGAUGCUUGCAGCAGCCCUAAGUUAUACUACCACCCAUAUGCUACAAUUUCGUCCAUAUUUUCCCAUAACAAGAUUUAUUUCCUUCUCUGGUUGGCGGCCUCAAAUUACUUUACACUCGGAUGCUUAAUUUAAUUUAUUUUUGCAUUUUCUUACUUCACUGUGCUGCAAUCUAAUUCUUAGACGAUUGUUUGGUGUCUUUUUCCUUGUUCAGGAAUAUACCCUUGAUGGAAUUGACUGGACAAGAGUAAAUUUUAUUGACAACACUGAAUGUCUGAAUCUCUUUGAGAAGGUGCAACUUCAGGCUUUGUUACAGUUUCCUUUUUGGCUACAGAGAUGAGCUGUUGUAAACAUUGGUUCCACAUCAGUUUUGUAGUUGUGAAUUUUUUGUUCUUUUAUUUUUUUGCAAUUCAGUGCAAAAUUUUUCAAUAAAACUCUUGGCCAGCAUGUGCAAAUUAUUUUUUGGCCGAUUUAUUCUGCGUCUGUUGUCAUCAAUAUCAUGACUGUUUCAGUACCCAAUAAAAAUAAACAUGCCAUUUAAUUUCGUUAAAUUGACAUACUCAUGCUUUGUAAGCACCAAUUGUAAUGGAUUUGAUGGCUGUGGAAUUGUCAUCAGAAGGCAAAUAGCAGAUUGUCUAUGCAGGAUGCUCUGUCGGUUUGUCUGGCUGGGGUCUAACAAAGUGCUAUCCAUGUACAUUGUAUGUCUAUUAGUCGUCUUUUCCACUUUACAUUCGAAUGACUUUAUGUAUUCCCACGUUCUAGAAGAAACAUUACCUGUCAGCCAUUCAUCUCCUCUGACUCUAAUUACUAGUUUCAGGAUAUUGUGUAGUUAUUCACAAUAUUAGAGCUGAUUGUUUGCUUCUCAGUUUAAGGCCAAAUCUGCCUUUCAUUUCUGUAUUUUAGAGUUUUGCAGCUAUAGCACAGAGAUCACCAAGACCCCUGGAGUCACGACAACAAUUUGGGACUUGUUGCCAUUUUAUCGCUCUUACCAUUAGGUAGUUUUUAUGCUGGAGAAAACUAAAAGUGGUUGGUGAAGCAUAGGCCGUCCGCUUUUGUUCCAAAGCUGUGUUCCGCUUACCUACACUGGCAAAUGCGUACUUGAUUAAGUAUUUGUCCUCCAUAUCAGAAGUAUUAGACCUUUUUUCACCUGCAAGAUUGAUCUCUUCAUCACUAUCUAAUGAUUAUUUUAUUCUGCUAAUACGAUCAACUUAUGCUCGUGAUAUUGCUUACAGUACAUUGUAUUUUUCUCCUAUUUUGAGAUGAUGAGCAAGGUUUUCCUUUGCCCUGCAGAGACCACUGGGGUUGCUGUCUUUAUUAGAUGAAGAGUCUACUUUCCCAAAAGCAACAGACUUAACCUUCGCUGAUAAACUUAGGGAACACUUGAAUGGGAACUCGUGUUUCAAAGGUGAAAGAGAUGGUGCUUUCAGAGUCUGUCAUUAUGCUGGAGAGGUUUGUUGGCAAUUUAUUUCGAGUAGGCUUGUGGACAUGCAAUUUUCGUGAUGUAACAGCUAACUUGCAUCUCAUUUUAUGUAUAAAAGUUCAGUCUGUGAUGACUAUAAUAUUUACGAUCAUUUUACUUUGAAUAGGUUUGUGGGUAUAUCGUUUCAUAUGAUUGUUAUAAUUUUUGAGUUUUAUUUCAUCAUGUGGAUUUAUAACGAUAUAUCGGUCAUGUAAUAAAUUAAAUUAAGAGCUAGGAAAUAAUCCUGGACAUGUAGUUAUCAUAAUUCUCCAUUAUGGAGAAUUGGCAUGGAAAAAUAUCGAGUGCAUUGUUCGGGCUGAAGUAUGGAAAGGAGAAACAGUUUAUUUCUAUAAAAAUGGAAUCAUAUUGGACACCUUUUGUAAUAAGAAAGGACAAUUUUCUGUUGAAAAUACCCUUGUGUUGGUUCGUAAUUGGAACUAUCGAAAGGUUUUUGAGCGCAAAAUUAAAUUUUGCCUUAUUUGUCUGAUGUUUUCAUUCAAGUAAUCUAGUUCCCAUUUGUUCUGCGGUUAUGGUCCUAUCAGGUAUCCUACAACACAAGUGGAUUCUUGGAGAAAAACAGAGAUCCACUUCAUUCUCAUUCUAUUGAGCUACUCUUAUCAAGCAGUUUCCAGCUCCCCAAGUUGUUAGCAUCAAAUUUGCUUGGUCAGUCUCAGAAGCUUUCGAGCCCUUUUGGGAGGUCAAAUGGAACUGAUACACAAAAGCAGGGCGUGUGCAUGAAGUUCAAGGUAUUGGUGUCUCACAGGCUCAUUACGCUGCGAGUUAAUUUUUCCUGUUACAGGGUGCAUGCUCUGCUCCCAAGAAUGUGAAAAAUAGAGAGACUUGUUCCAUCCCCAUGGUCCAUUAAGCCCGCUCUGACCUCCCUUUGCUUAUUACCAAUGUCAUAAAGGCAAUUUUUUCGGGACUUGGUAUCGGAGUAAUCUGCCAUAUACUCCCUAAUGCAUUGCGGUUUCUAUUAAUGGAGGUGCCUUUGACGCACCAAAAUGUUCUUUCCAGUUUGCGUAGGAUAAGAAUGACUGUAUAAAGGACUUUCAUCACAGAUUUUUGAGUCCAUGUGACAGGUCAUUUGAUUCAAGUUGCAGUUUUCAUCGCUGUUGACCUGUAUCAAAAGUAUAUCACCAUCAUCUGACGCUCUACGUAUCUCAUUAUUUUAGGGAUCUAUUUCGUUUAUUCAUAUAAUAUCAAAUGGACACCAUUAUUAAGCCUUACUCCAGCAUGCAAUGGGUGACAAAGAUAAGAUGAAGUUAUUCAAUCAAUGGCCACUUUGGUGCUGCCAAGUUACUGGUUAAGACUACCACGAGACAAGAGAAGGCCUAAUAAGUCUCGUGAGAAUAAUUUAUGAGUGAAAAAUUAAGAUACUUUUGCACCAGUUCAUAUGAUGCCCUUGGGGGACUGCAAAUGGUCCCAAAGCACGUCUGAUAAAGGCUAACCAAGCAUUUGUUUAGCCUUGAUGUGGCAUGGCUUGUCUAGAUAACAGAAGUCUUGACGAUGGGAGCAAUUCUUAUUAUUUUCUUCUUUCCUAGCUGGGGAUCCAUUUUUCUACUUGGGGAUUCCUGUAGGAGGAUCAAGAUCUCCUAGAUUCAGUAACAUGAUCUUUGAAGUGUCUUUCAAUUUCUAUUAGUACUUGAACGCCUGUAGAUUCUUAGAAAGGUUUACAUCUUAUUAUGAUCUUUCCACGUGUUAAAGUCCUUGUGAGCACCAUAAAUAUACGACGUUAAUGUUGAUUGGUACCUGUAAUUACUGUGCUAAUGAACAUAAUUAUCCUCCUUAUAUGUUCACAGGAAAGAAAAUAAUAUAGAUACUUGGGACGUCACCUGAAAUCUCAGUUUUUAACCUUCCCCCCCAUGCCCAUGUCAAAUACCUGGAACUUUUUUCUUUAACACGACGUGCGGUUUGUGGGUAUUUGCUGGAGCAUACAAAUUACCUGUGGGCGUUUCUCUUCGCUUGGUCCUCUGCUUCCUUUUCUCCCUCAUCCUGUUUAUGUUUUAAAUCUUGAUCUGUGUGUAGACCUUGUUUUGCAAUGUUCUGCUAAAGAACUAUUUGGAGACUCUCAUUGUGAAAGCGUCUUAUUUGAUGGUUAUGUUUUACUUUCAGACUCAGUUAUUCAGACUCAUGCAACGUUUGGAGAACACCACACCCCACUUCAUUCGAUGCAUCAAACCAAAUGACAAGCAGUUGCCAGGUUUGUAUGAAAACGAUAUUGUCUUACAACAGUUAAGGUGCUGUGGAGUUCUUGAAGUUGUGAGAAUAUCAAGGGCUGGCUAUCCAACUCGAAUGACACAUCAGAAUUUUGCAAAAAGGUCUUGUCUUCUGUUUCCAUUACAUUGGUGAGUGUGGUAUUCAUACUUUGGUUGCUGAUAUGGUAAAGCAUAACUACAAUCUUCAGGUACGGAUUUCUUCUCUCAGAAAAUGCUGCAUCUCAGGAUCCACUCAGCGUUUCAGUUGCCAUCCUUCAACAUUUCAAUGUCUUGCCAGACAUGUAUCAAGUCGGAUUUACGAAGCUGUUCUUUCGCACGGGACAGGUAAUGGCUCAUAUUUGACCCCUCUAAUAUCUAAUUUCAAGAAAAAUUAUGGGUUAGUAUUCCUGAAGUUGAGGGUUUUUCUGAAGAAACUGCAGCAUGCUGAUAGAUUCGGAAUUCGCUGGCUGUUAACGUAGAAUCUACUUGUGCUUACCAUGAGUUGAACAAGCCGUCGUUAAUUUAUGGAUCUUCUCUUGUAUUCUUAUCAUAAAUGUUUAUUGAUACUCGAAUUAGGUGAGCUCUUUGAAAAGUAUAUUGAGUUCAUUGACGAUGAUUUUUUUUCUUCAUCAAACUGUUUCCCUCGUCUCCAGGCCCUCAAUUGCUUUCAAUUUCUUUGUAUAUGGAGAAUAUCCCCGAACUUACUUCCUUGACAUUUAACGAAAGUGAUUACUUAAUCUGGCUCUCACUGCCUUUACCGUUGCUCAAUUUAUUGGUGUGAGGUUUGUUAUGAUGGCAUUCAUCAUGAGAGUCAUAGUGAUGCCGACUGAUGUGCCAAACAGAGGGUAUAUAUGCCUUGGAGACAUUAGGAUGCACUUCAUCUUUGAUCUAGUAGUGUUGAUGAGUAUAUGAGUGAUAUUUAUUGUGUUCGGAUUAUUUUUGGAUUAUCUGCUGUUAACUUAAAAUCAACGUUUUUGUUUGAAUUUUUCGGUGCUGUAAAUUAUGUCAUUAGUCCCUAAUUCGGACUUAAAAUCAACGUCUUCUUCUUCCUCUUCUUCCGCUACACAGCCUGCUACCUUCAAUCUCAGCAGCACUUUCCCCAGAAGAAUCUUCAGUGUUUUGUAAAGCCAUCAAAUGAAGAAGACGUAUAAAUAAAACCAAGGUUGAAGAAAAAAAAUGUAUUUUAUCAUUUUGCAGACAAUCCCUUUGUUUUUGGGCGAUUUUAUCAUGAUCAUGUGUAGUAAUGCAUUAUCUUCGUGUGAAUGAAAGGAUCCAAGGGACAAAAUGAGCUAUAUAGAAAUUUUCUGGAACAUAAUUCUCGAUUCUCUAAACAAGUGUAUUUUCUGUAACUUUUGCUACACUGACGCAUUAUUUGAUACUUGCAGAUUGCUAUAUUAGAAGACGCCAGGAAUCGAACUCUGAAGGGGAUUCUGGGGGUACAGAGGUGUUUUCGUGGUUUCCAAGCACGCCAUAAAUUUAAGGAGCUCAAGAAUGCAACGACUAUGCUGCAAUCAUGUAAUGCGUAAAUUUUGUGACUUGAUGCUUCAUUAACUUUAUUAAUAAUCGGAACCCAAUUUAUUUGAUGAACGUUUACGAAUGAUAAUGUUACUGGGCAUCCUCAUGCAUUUAUUGUUCGUUUCAUUUAACUGUACCCCCCUUCCACAUGGAACAUUUAGAUUUUUCUCUGUCACUUCCUGUCCAUAAUUGAACGAUUAGGAUAUUCUUUCGUUUUCAUCUUUUGAAUGAUUGAAUGCCUUCAGUUCAUAUCAAUCGACUGAAGCUUCUAAUUUUGGAAUAACCGGUUGCUUUAUAUAUAUUUUUGAUGGUUGGUCUGUUAAAAUGUGCCUCGUACAGUUGUUAGAGGUCAAAACGCAAGAAACGAGUUGAAGUUUGUGGUGAAGAGAUGGAAAGCAGCUUGUUUUCUGCAGAAGCAUGUGAAGAGGUGGAUUGCCCAGAGGAUACUGAACCAACAUCAGAGAGCUGCAAAAACUUUGCAGUCAGGUGGUGUAAAUGUUCUUAUAUUCCUAUUUCUUACUUUUAUGUGUUAGAUACACCCUUUUGAUUAUAUUUAUCUUCUUCGAUGCAGCUCUUCGUGGGAGCAUAGCUAGGAAACACUUCUAUGUUCUUAGGGAUUCACGAUCAUCAGUGCAUGAGGACAUUGAGAACUCCUUACCUAAGGCUUCAGAAAAAAUGGAGGUAUUUUGUUUAAUAUGCAAUAUUUUAUCAUUACAGAGGAUGAUGUUUGAGGGUUACUGCCUUUUAAAUGACUGUUGGUGGUUAGAAAUUUCAUUUUUAUAGUAUAAAGGCAGUGAGAAAGAAAUCAGUACCACUAAAAACUAUCCGAGUGGUUAGUCAGUAUCCCUGUUCCAGUCCGGCAUUAUCGAUCUAGGAGGAGUAAAAAAAGGCGAACUGCAGAAAGAUCAGCUCGGUGGAUCAGCUUUGACCUCCAACAAUAGCCAAUUGGGCCAAAAAGGGAAAAAAUGAUAGAGAGGAAAAUGACAGAAAUAGGAAAAGGGAAGGAAGCUUUUCUUUCUCCGGGUUGUUUGCUGUGCCAGGUAAAAUGGCUGCUUCUUCUUGGGGUAACUAGUGGUGGUCAGCUGGCUGAGAAUAGAGAUUGGAAGGAGCUUUGAGAAAGUGCGUCAGAGGAGAGAAGCAUGUAAAAGAAAGGGGAGGGGGGGUGCAGGCUUCUAAAAUCCCUCCCUAUUAGUCUUCAAGGGGUAUUCCGCCUGGGAAUGACUCACCUAAGUUGGCAAAUGAGUGUACUUUAUGCUGGUUUUGGCAAUCUUUGUUCUUUUCAGGCGAUGCUAUUGAUUUCUUAUUUUAAGCUUAGUGGAUCGUUCCCUUAACUGGCCAGGGAAGAUUCAGCAAAUUUUGUGAUGAAUGAGCUGGUUCUGGUGCAGAAAAUUUUCGGAAGAUCAAGAUGAAAUUAUGCACGGAAAUGGGUAUCACUGGCUCUGGUGCUUUAGUGACUUUUUAAUUAAACACACUUUCUUAGAUGCACCGUUGUUAGAUGACUGGCUGUGUCUGAGCCAUGUGAUUGAUGGAUAAUUUUGAUUUUUUUAUUUUUUGGAGCGGAGAUUGUUGCAUCAUCUCUCAUGAAGGGGAAGUACUUGGAGGUUUGAGAGAGGAAUGAGUGAAAAAUGUGGUGAUUAGAGUUUUCUGUGCUUUAUUCUUCAAAUUACUUAUCAGAUAUUUGUCACUCUGUAAUAGUCCAUGAAUCAUACAUAUGCAUGCCUGCCCACAGGUUGCCAGACUAGCGGAUGUCCCCAGAAAUAACAAGGCAAUCAUACGCGGUAAACUUAAUAAUCGGCUUUAGUUAUGGACGUUCUGGUUUUCAGCUUGGCCGUAAAUCAUAGAAUAAUAAAAGUUGGAUGAAGUCGAGAGAAGAGCCUAACCUUGUUUUAGAGGUUCUAAUGUUAUAUCCUUUGUCUCCUGAUGAAUGAGAUCUUCUCCUCCCACCCCCCGCUCGUUUUAACCUUUCAUCACGAAUAUUUCCUCAGCACCACAUACCAGGCCUGGAAGAACUUCAAAGGCGUAUUUUUAUGGUGGAAAAAGCUCUGCAAGAGAAGGAAGAGGAGAAUGUCUUGUUGCGCAGACAACUAAGGCAGUACGAGGGGAGAUGGUCAGAGUAUGAGGCAAAAAUGAGGUCCAUGGAAGAAAUGUGGCAGAAACAAUUGAUAUCGUUGCAGGUGAUCUUCUUCAGAAAUGGCCCACUUUAUGACUCUUCGAUACGAUUGCUAAUUUCCUUCUUUCGUCGUCAUAAAACUGGGUUCAACUCUGUGUUUUGUUAGUUUCUCCGUCGGAAAUCAUUGUGAUCAGCAUGAGAUCACCUUUUUGAAUAAGUUAUUCGCUCUGGAAUUUAUCUUUUUUGGGUAAACUCUAGCCUAGUUAUUUUUUCUAAGCAUGAAGUUUACUAUUUUCCUUGAAUCCUAAGUUUGGAAGAUGGGGCGUGAUCCUGCCAUUUAUAACCAUUCUCCCCCCCGUUUUUAUCAUACGCCAUUGCAGUCUCCCACCACUGGUUUUGACUCAACUGUUCCGAAAACAUGGAGAUAACAAAUUUCUUCAAGAUACCCACCCCCCAGAUCAUGACUGAGGAUUAGUUUUUGAAGACCCGAAAGCAGAAUUGACCGUCUCUUCUCUUGAGGCCAUCGAUAUUAUUUAUUCACAUAUUUUGGCAUGUACCAACUUGUAAGUAGAGUGACUCAAGCUUAAUGGUGUGUGCGCCAGGUAAGUCUAGCUGCGGCUCGGAGGAGUCUCACCACUGAUGAUGCGGCAUCCCAACCUGAGAAGGUGGAUGCGUCGCCAGGCCCUCAUCUCUACGACUCCGAAGAUACGAUCUCCAUUGAUACUCGGACCCCUGAGGGCACCCCUCCGAAGAUCUCUCGCCCUUCCAACACCAGGCAGCUGCCAAGUGAUUCUAAUGGCAUCUCAAGCGCUGUUCCUCAUCUCACGAGGGAGUUCGAGCAGAAGAAGCAGGAUUUUGAGGACGACGCCCGCUGUCUAGUUGAGGUGAAAUCCAGGCAGGCGGAUGGUGGCGUCAGCCCGACAGAGGAGCUCAGGAAGCUGAAGCUCCAGUUUGUGGCCUGGAAGAAGGAAUACAAGGCGAAGCUGCAUGAGACGAAGGUGGCGCUCCAGAAGCACGUGAACCCAGAAACUGAGAAGGCCAGCAAGAGGACAUGGUGGGGCAAGAGAAGCGCAAAGUGA